AUGGACCCCGUCAUUAUAACGCCGGACGAUGUAGCUGAGGCGGUCCGAAGGGCCCCGAACUGGAAAAGUCCGGGGCUCGACAGGCUGCAUCACUACUGGCUGAAGGGGUUCGUGGUGUGUCACGCUGUGCUCGCCCGACAAUUUCAAGAGGCUCUCGACCAAAAGUCGCUCCCGAGCCUCUUCACUACUGGGAUCACUCAUUUGGUUCCUAAAGACCGGGAUACCAUAGACCCGAGCAAAUACCGCCCCAUCACUUGUCUACCCACGAUAUAUAAGACACUAACAUCCAUUUUGAGCGCGAGAAUCACUCGUCAUCUGAACUCAAAUCAGGUGAUGUCGCGCGCUCAAAAUGGAUGUCGGGGCGGUGGUCGUGGAACCAAGGAACCACUCCUCAUUGACGCGGUCAUUGGCAAAGUGGUUAAACGCAACCGUCGGAACCUAUCCGCCGCCUGGAUAGACUACAAAAAGGUAUUUGACUCGGUGCCUCAUACAUGGCUGAAGAGGGUCCUCGAGCUGUACAAGGUUGACUGUACAGUUAGAGACUUCCUCGGGCAGUGUAUGGGGCAGUAG